AUGGAAGCAAAUGGGAAUAGCGAUGCUGGUGCUGAACGGUCAGCCAGUGAUGCCGGUGGCGGUGAGCAGUCCUCUGGAUGCGCACUUUUUAUUUGCUAUUUUCAUAACAAUCGUCACUCACUUCUUUGCUUUAUACAUUUCAGUCCAGAUUUGAUGAUACGCCUGGUACUGGACUUUUUAAUCUCACAAGGACAUCGAGAAGCAGCAGAAGUGUUGUGCGAGGAUGCCAAUAUACCCUUCCCAAGAGAUGCGCUUGAAAAUUUGGAUCAUCGCAUGUGCAUUCGAGAUGACAUCCUGGAAGGAAAAGCAUAUUUAUCGUCUGGUAGCAAGUCCAUCCAAGAAGCAAUCGAAAAGAUUACAGUGGUUGUGCCUGAUUUGCUAUCUCGUAACACAGUUCUUCAUCUUCGUUUGCUACAACAGCAUCUCAUCGAAUUGAUCCGGAACAAAAUGGUAAAAUUAAUUUUUGCGAACGAAAUGUUACUGCAAAGUGCCGCAUCGGAGAAGCAAAACUCCCAAGUGAAGCAGUGCUUUGUGGAAGAAGCAGUGACUUUCACGCAGUCGAUCGUUGAAAAAGUGGAAGAUUCGCCUGAGAUGGAAAAAGAAAUGCAGAUGGCUUUUUCAAUGAUUGCAUUCGAAAGACCGGAGGAUUCACCAGUACCAGGUUUUUUGGAUGUAAUCACUCUAGCACGACGCACUCGUACUUUUAAUAAUACCCAUCUACAGCUGCAGGUUGCAAAUGACGUAAAUAGAGCGAUUCUGGAAGCUUUAAAUAAGCCAUCAGCACCAAAGUUGGAGACACUCUUCCAAAUGAUUUUAUGGUCCAAAAAUAAACUCAAUCACAAGGACACACCGGAGCAGUUGAAUCGUCUUUUUACUGGACAAGUGGAUCCGUUUUCCGUGGACAUUCCCAAAAAUUCCAAAAUCUAG